GCUCCGGCCCCUCCGCGACGCGCCGGCACGGAGCUCAGCGGCGAGGUCGGUGCCGAUGCGGUCUCUGCUCGCCGGGCCGGGAGGAAGCUCCCCGCCAUGCCUUGGAGCGUGCGGUGGGUCGGCGGCCCGGGCGCCCAGUCGCAGAAGCAGUGCAAGAAAUCGUCCUUCGCCUUCUACCAAGCGGUGCGCGACCUGCUGCCCGUCUGGUUCCUGGAGGACAUGCGGACCAUGGAGGUCUUCCACUGGGAGGACGGGGGCAAGGUGAGCCUCUACUCGCCCUCCGAGGCGCUGCUGUACGCCCUGGUGCACGACCACCAGCCCUACGCCCGGCACCUGCUCGCUAAGUUCCCGCAGAGCGCGCUGGCCGUGCCCAGCCAGAGCUUCAGCUGCUGCCAGGCCUCGGCUCCUCACCUGGCCAUGGCCGUCCGCUACAACCGCGUCCGCGUCCUCUUCCGCAUCCUCAAGGCCGUGCAGGCCUUCCCGCCGGCCGAGCGGGCCGCCCACCUGGACCGCCGGGGCUGCAGCCGCGUGGAGGGCGGCAAGACGGCCCUGCACCUGGCCUGCGAGCUGGUGCGGCCCGAGUGCCUGCUGCUGCUGCUGGGGCACGGCGCCUCGCCCUGCCUGCGCGACGGCGCGGGGAACACCCCCCUGGACACCCUGCUGCAGCAGGUGGGCCACGCGCCGGUGGCCAACAUGCGCGCCAAGCUGCUCUGCCUCGACUGCCUCUUCCUCUUCGUGCCUCAGGACCUGCGGUUCGCCAUGAAACAACAACUGCUGGACGACCGGCAGCAGUGGCAGGACUUGCUGGGGGAGAGCCGGUUCCGGUGCCUGGUGGGCCUGGCUCCCCCGUCGCUGUUUGUCGGAGCCAUGCGUGUCUUGAUCAGGACCAUUGCACCCGAGCACUUCCCCGAGGCUCUGGACGAUCUGCCGCUACCGCACUUCCUAAAGCCUUUGGACUUGAAGCUGGAGAGCUAGAGGGGAUCUCCCGCUCAGCUGGCAGAAAGACUCGUGCUGGGAAUGUCCCGGUGUGCGAAGCUGCCCCUGUGGCAGCCAAAUACCUGCUGUAAUUGGAACUGUCUUUUUUAAAACAAUUGUAUCCGGCACUUUACAAUAUAUUUUAUUUAAAGAUCCUUGUGGUGAGGUGAGGUCUGUACUGCGUUUUAUAACAACAUUACGCAGCCUGUACAAAUGGAGAUGGGGGAGAAUACAUUUGUAAAUAUGUCUAAAUAAACCAGCAAAGUAUCAAUCAA